UGUGUGUCUGCAUCUACAGGGAGCAGGGGAAUCUCUCUGACCUGUGUGUUAACCCCCUGUCGUGUCAUUGGGGUGUGUGUGGUCCUGAUGACCCUGGGAGCCAUUGGAGCAGCCGUCUGGGCCAUAGUGACAUAUUGCACAAUGGAGGAAGACACAGGACUGUAUGAUGUUCAGGUAAAUUCUCCUGACCAACGCCUCAGAGUCUUUGACUCCGCCCAGAGGAGGUGGCGUCAGGUGUGCUCCUCCUCAGCAGACGAGCUUCUAGCUAGCAUCAGCUGUGAAGAAAUGGGCUUUGUCAGUGUGGUGAAUUACUCCCUUACGUUGGUGCCUGAGGCCAGUGGAGACGGAGGGGAGUUCUUCUGCGUCAGAGAGAAAGAGCUCAGCUAUGGCAAGAAAAUCAAAGACUCAUUGUUUCCAUGUGACUGUGAGAGCAGGGAGGUUCUCACACUCCUGUGCCAAGACUGCGGCAGGCGUAGUUUUGCAGCAGACCGCAUAGUUAAUGGUGUGGAUGCAAGGCAGGGCAGCUGGCCGUGGCAGGUGAGCCUGCAAUACGAUGGGGUCCAUCAGUGUGGAGGAUCCAUCAUCUCAGACCGAUGGAUUGUGUCUGCAGCUCACUGCUUCCCAGAGCGGCAUCGCUUCGUUAACCGCUGGCGUGUGCUGCUGGGCUCCAUCUAUAAUAAACCAGGGAACGGUAACCUGGUGGAGGUGAAGACCAUCGUGUACCACAGCAGCUACCUGCCCUUUGUAGACCCUAAUAUUGAUGAUAACAGUAGAGACAUCGCUGUUCUGGCCCUUACCCAGCCCCUCACCUUUAACGAACACAUCCAGCCUGUUUGCCUGCCAGCGUAUGGUCAGAGACUGAUAGACGGACAGAUGGGAACUGUUACAGGCUGGGGUAAUGUCGGAUACUACGGUCAUCAAGCAGAUGUUCUGCAGGAAGCAAAUGUCCCGAUCAUCAGUGACAAUGUCUGUAACGCUCCUGAUUACUAUGACAACCAGAUCACCACCAGCAUGUUUUGUGCAGGUUAUGACAAAGGAGGCAUUGAUGCCUGCCAGGGAGACAGCGGCGGUCCGUUUGUGGCAGAUGACUGCCUGUCUAAAACUAAUCGGUAUCGUCUGCUGGGCGUGGUCAGCUGGGGAACGGGCUGUGCCAUGGCAAAGAAACCUGGGGUCUACACUCGGGUGUCCAGAUUUCUGCCCUGGAUAUCUACGGCCAUGAGGAAUUAUCACAACUCACCAGGACUUCACAAAAUGGCCCGAACAUGAGAUUCCUGCUCUCACCUUUCCUUUUAUUCUAUUCUUGGAUGACAAUACUGAAAGAACCUUAACAAUGUCCAUGGGGACUGUAUAACAGAAGGAUCAAGGGAUGUGAGGUUCCCCUUAUGUCACGGUUCAUGAGAUUCCCCUUCUUAUCCUAAACCUGCGAUGAGGAUUUAACCCCUUCAUGAAUCUGCCAACAUUUCUUAAUGUCCUGUGUCAGACAGACAGAGCUCUUUAGGAGAAGUGUAGUAGGAAAUGUGAUACUCAUUAGGAAGGAGCUAUUUUGGUUGCCCUUUUUUGUUUUUCAGAAAAAGUACAAUGACAAAAGGGUGAAAAUGAAAUUGCAUUAGAAAUACUAAACUGGAUUAAAGCUGCCAGUUUCCUUUUUCAGCUGCUGCUAAGUAACCAAAAGUCAAGUUUUUUUUUACUAACGUGCUGACCAGAUUUAAGACUUGUAAAAGUAAGAUUCAUUUUAAGCACUCUCCAGGUAAUUGAAAAGAUGUAUACACUAUAAUGAAUGGGCUUCUUGCAGCACAGUGAGCCUGAUCAGUGUAAGUAAGUGCAGACUGCACCUUCAAUUUCUACAAAGUAAAGAUGUUUCAUCUUGAAGUACAAAGAGCUGCACAUUGUGCAUCACUAAGACACAGACACACACACACACGCACACAUACACACAAACAUACACACACACACAAAGAACAAACAUGAACAAAGAUUUUAAAUUUCAGUAAUUAUGAGUAAAGCUGACGUAUUCAACUUUCCCUGGUUAGCAUCAUUUUGUAAAAUUGAUGCACAAAUCAAGACUUUUAAACAUAAAUGUCGUUUUAAAUGUCUUAUUUUUUUUGUUAAAACUAACUAUUCAUUUACAAUCAGACUUUAUGAAAGUAAUAACAGGUGAGGAUGAAACUUGAUUUCAAUAAUACUGAAAUCCACUUUCUUUUGUUGUCUUGUAAAUAUUUGUCAAUGUGAACAUGUUUAUUUGAGCCAUGUUACGGAUGUCUUCAUGAACCACAGAUCGUACACCACGAGUCUUAAAAACUGACGUAAUCACCGAGAAAUAACUUGAUGUCUAAUGAUUACCAAACAUCAGGUUGAUGUCUGAAGUGCUGUGUUGAAUACAAAAAUGUAAUAUUGUCAUUUUAAACGUAAAACACUAACAUACUGUAUUUCAGCCUUGCCCAGUUUUUAUUUUUUUAUUUUUUUUUAUUGUUUGUACAGUUAAGAUGACAGUGGCAUCUGGCAAUAGUUUCGUUUUUACACUUCAGUAACACUGUUUGCUUUUGGACAUUAAACUUAUUAUGUAAGAAAAGGCAUUCAGACAGAAAAAGGAAACAUUUUAAGAACAAUCGAGAAUAUGUGCGCACUAGAAAUUACGCUUUAUUGACACACAUUAUACAGGAUAAAGAUUAAUGCACAUAGGCAACCUGUUGUCAUCAUCAUCAUCAACCUAUUACUGUAAGUUCUCGGAGAGAUCAUUGAGGGCGACCCUCAUUUACAAUG